AAUGCGCUACAGUCAGUCAGUAGGUCGGUCGGAACCGCUGGUACGUCGUGGGUGCCAUUCACUCACGAUUAGCUAAUAUGUACUAGAAUUAAGUAACGCAAUAGUGGAAAUAGUUUUAAAAUAAAAAGCUGAAUUAAAUAGUGAUGUGAAACUGAAACAAUAAGUGCAAUUAUCGCUCAAAUUUUUAUACUUUAAUUAUACAAAUAAUUUAAAACGCCUUGCAAACUAAAUUCACCUAAAAUAGAUUACAUGUUUUCAUCGUAGUUUUCCUUGGAAUUAAAUUAUUUAAGAAUAAUGUCUCGCAGAAGAUUGUUGAUUGGCGGCGCGGCGGGCGUCGCGGGCGCAGCUCUCACAGCUUGGGCGGUAGCAGCGGAUGAUUCACCGGCGCAAUGGUACAAAGCGACGACGGUAUCAGCGAAGACGGAACGCAAGAAGCGACCUCUACCGUCGCGCGAACAUCAAGUCGCCUCCUUACAAGCUGGGCAUACCUUCGACAUCCUUAUUAUUGGAGGAGGUGCGACCGGUGUGGGAUGUGCACUGGAUGCCACUACAAGAGGUCUUCGCACAGCGUUAGUCGAGGCUGAUGACUUCGCCAGUGGAACCUCAAGUCGUAGUACGAAGCUCAUCCACGGAGGAGUGCGGUACCUUCAGAAGGCUAUCAUGCAACUGGAUUACGACCAGUACAAGAUGGUGAAGGAGGCGCUGCACGAACGAGCCAACAUGUUGGAAGUAGCACCACAUCUGACGCGUCCAUUGCCUAUAUUGUUGCCUGUGUAUAAAUGGUGGCAAGUCCCCUACUAUUGGUUCGGUAUCAAGAUGUACGACGUGGUGGCUGGCGACAGAAACGUGAAGAGUUCGUACUACUUGUCUAAAAAGAACACUCUCGAAUUGUUCCCCAUGUUGAAAUCCGACAACCUGUGCGGUGGCAUCGUGUAUUAUGAUGGACAACAGGACGACGCGCGAAUGAACUUAGCGAUAGCAUUGACGGCGGCCCGCCAUGGCGCCACCAUCGCUAACCACGUCAGUUGUAGCAAGCUGUACAAGACCAAUGGCAAGCUUAGUGGGGCUAGACUAAAGGACGAGCUGACGGGCAAGGAAUGGGACGUGAAAGCGAAGUGUAUAAUCAACGCGACGGGCCCCUUCACAGACAGUAUCCGCAAGAUGGACGACUCCACCGUCAAGGACAUCUGCUGCCCCUCGUCCGGUGUUCAUAUUGUAUUGCCUGGAUACUAUAGCCCAGAGCACAUGGGUCUCCUAGACCCGGCCACAUCGGACGGGCGUGUGAUCUUCUUCCUCCCCUGGCUGAAGGGUACUAUCGCGGGCACCACGGACCUGCCCUGCAACGUCACACACAACCCUAAACCCACUGAAGACGAGAUCCUCUUCAUCCUCACCGAAGUCAAGAACUAUCUGAACCCUGAUGUUGAAGUCCGUCGCGGAGACGUGCUGUCGGCGUGGUCGGGCAUCCGUCCGCUGGUGUCGGACCCCAACAAGCCCGACACGCAGUCGCUGGCGCGCAACCACAUCGUGCACGUGUCGCCCGCCGGCCUCGUCACCAUCGCCGGCGGCAAGUGGACCACCUACAGGGCCAUGGCCGCGGAGACCAUCGACGCGGCUAUUGAGAGCGCUAACCUGAAGCCUCUGUACAAGGAAUGCCAGACUGAUGGGUUCCUAAUAGAGGGCGCGCACGGCUGGACGCCCACCAUGUACAUUAGAUUAGUACAAGAUUUCGGAUUGGAGAUGGAAGUAGCACAACACUUAGCCAAGUCGUACGGUGACCGUGCGUUCGCGGUCGCUAAAAUGGCGGCCAUGACAGGCAAGAGAUGGCCUAUCAUCGGCAAGAAGGUUCACCCCGAGUUCCCCUACAUUGAUGCUGAGAUUAGAUACGGUUGCCGCGAGUAUGCUCGUACUGCAGUAGAUAUGAUCGCGCGCCGACUGCGGCUGGCCUUCCUCAACGUGCAGGCCGCCGCCGAGGCACUGCCCACCAUCGUCGACAUCAUGGCUGAGGAACUCAACUGGAACGAGGCUGAGAAAAAGAAACAAAUCAAAGAUGCCAGUGACUUCUUAGCCAACGAGAUGGGACAGAUGGUGAACCGCGCCAGUCGUGACAAGAUCCCGAUCAACCUCAGCAAGGACGAGAUCCAGACCUACAUCAAACGGUUCCAGAUCAUCGACAAAGACAGGAAAGGUUUCGUCUCCAUCAACGACAUUAGGAGGAGUCUUAAGAGUAUGGGGCUGAAACCUAGCGACGCAGAAAUAAGUGCAAUAUUAUCCGAGAUUGACGUCACAUACCACGGCCAGUUGGAAUUACAAGACUACCUUCAGAUGAUGUCUGCUAUCAAGUCUGGUCACGUGGCAUACUCUCGGUUUGCGCGCAUGGCUGAAAUGGAAGAAGAGCACCAUGAACAGGAGAUGUUGAAGAAGCAGAUCUCUGUCGAGAGGAGCGGCGGUGGCCUGUAGACGUCAUGCAUAUGGUACCGAAAUAGCAACAAAGUAGGCGCUAAAACAAGACAAAAAGUAUUAUUUCUCAAAUUUAGACUACUAUACCUAUUUCGAUUACAAUAAAUACUUUAUUUAUUAAAAUUGUAACACCAAUCUAUCAACUUUUGUAAAUUAAUUAUACGUCCAAUCAAAUAUAUUUAUUUUAACUUUGUAGAUGAUGUAAGUACAGAAAGACAGUGAUUUUGAAAUCGUUAUAUCAUUGUGUCAGACAUAAAUUGUUACGAUAUUUCGAUUCCUCUCCUAAUUUUAAGAGAAACGGAUUUGAUAUGUGAUUGUUUAAAAUAUAAGGCGAUUAUUUAUUCAUUAUUUUGUUAUGAUACAUGUUUUUUUUAAUAUUUCAAUUAUUAUUAUUAUUAUACAAACGGAAUGCGACUUUUUUAAAUGUAUUUUUUAUUUAAAUGUUAUAUUGUGUGUUGAGCUCUGGCAAGGUUACGCAGAAAUCAGACUAAGGCUAUUCAAAAUAAGGUUUAAAUUUGAUGAAAUCAACGAAGUAGUAUAAAGUCACAGAAUAUUUAUUUUAAUGUAAAGCAAUUUUGUUUUCUAUGAAAUGCUGGAGCUUGGUCGCAAAACGCGUUACAAAUGUUAUUGUUAUUUAUGCCUGAGCCUCAUUUUCGCAAACAAUAUUUGCAGGUCAAACCUACAAAUACGGAAUCUCCGAGGUGUAGGCCAGACAUUAGAUAUUACACUACACUUUUAAUGCAUAACACUGUUCUUUGACGAACGAUAAGUACAAUUUACAAUGUAUUUUAAAGUUCUUGAUGUGUUUAUUGUGCAAAUAAAUUGAUUUUAAAUCACAA